CUUGCACUUGCGAGCGCAAUCCGUUGGACGAUGGCGGCAACCGACGUGGCGUUCUACCUCGUCGUCUCCAACAUCGCGGGGCGCAGAAACCUCGGGACGUAUCUCCGCACGGCGACGGCCUUUGGCGUCCGGCAGCUCAUCGUCGUCGGCUGCGACCGCUACGGCACGCAUGGCGCCCACAACGCCCACAAGUACGUCGACGUCGUGCUCAUGCACACGUUUGCCGACGCUGCGGCGUACCUUGCGUCGUUGCACUGCACGUCGGUGCUCGGUCUCCAGCCGCCCGCGCACGAGGUGCCCUCGACCUGCAUUGACGACGCGGUCUUCGACGGCCCGACGGCGUUUGUCUUGGGCAACGAAGGUGGCGGCCUCUCGGAGGACCAGCGUGCAAUCUGCACCGGCUUCCUCCGCGUCGACCACUACCCGACGCAGGCGCCGACCGUGCCGUUCAGCAUCGACCUCACGGUGCAGCUAGCGAUCGUCCUGCAGACGUUCACGAGCAGCACCAACGUGUACGUCGAGCGCGCGAUCCAGGACACGACGACGCGCGGCAAGUUUGAGCUCAGCGAGCGCGUUCCGACGGCCGCGCAGACGCCGGCGCAAAAGCAACAGGUCGUCGACGCGCGCCUCGCCAAGAAGGCGCAGGUCGAGAGCGUCAUGGACGACGCGCUCUCCUUUGACGUGAUGCUCGACGACUACUAAGAAUUAUGCGACGAGCCCCUUCUGCAUCGCAUCUGUCAAUGUCCGAGGAUUUAUGCAUCAAUUUUGACAUUGUAGAAUAAAUAAUACGUGGCACUCAGAGCUGGUGGCGCUUCCCCAACCGCUCCUUGAGGAGGUUGGCGCAGAUGCGGCAGCAGACCACGUUCUUAUUGCG